CAGCCCCUCUUGCACCCUGUGCCCCACUCCCAGUUUCCCAUGUGAGGUUUUUAAUAAGGUGGAUGCAAGAGUUGGUCUUGCUCUCUUCUGGGUGACGCGGAUUGGAAGGGGUUCUCCAUACUUUGAACAAACAAUUUUGUUUUUGUUUUUGUCCCUCCCAUUUGUUUACUUUCUGAAACGGCAAAUACAUUUACAUUAUCUUAAAGAGGAGCCAUGAAGUGGACCUGGGUGCUGGUGGCGGUCUUGCUGUCCUUUGGGGGGCUAUCAUUGGGCAAGGAGAGCUUGGACUUCCCAGAGUAUGAUGGAAAAGACCGUGUCCACGACCUCAAUGCCAAGAACUAUAAGUCUGUGAUGAAGAAGUACGAUGUUAUGGUAGUGUACUACCAUGACCAUCCCGGAUCCAGCCGCGUCGCCCAGAGACAGUUUGAGAUUGAGGAGUUGGCCCUUGAGCUUGCAGCCCAGGUCCUGGAUGAGUUUGAUGAUGAGGAUGUCGGAGUCGGUCUCAUCGAUGCAAAGCUCGACAAAGUAGUUGCAAAGAAAUUAGGCCUUGAUGAGUCUGACAGCGUCUACAUCUUCACAGACGAUGAAGUCAUAGAAUAUGAUGGCGAGUUUGCAGCAGACACUCUUGUGGAGUUCAUCUAUGAUGUUCUUGAGGACCCCGUGGAAAUUAUUGACAAUAGUAGGGAACUGAAAGGCUUCAAAAAUGUCGAAGAGGACAUCAAAUUGGUGGGCUACUUUAAGAGUCACAAGUCAGAACAUUUUGAGGCUUUUGCCGAUGCUGCUGAAGAGUUUCAUCCUCACAUCCAGUUCUUUGCCACAUUCAACCCCAAGAUUGCCAAGGCUCUGGAGCUGAAGCUUAAUGAGGUAGACUUCUAUGAGCCCUUCAUUGAUGAUCCAGUGGUCAUCCCAGGAAAACCUUACUCUGAGGAGGAGCUGGUGAAAUUCAUUGAAGAUAACGACAGACCAACCAUGAGGAAGCUGCAACCCCACAACAUGUACGAGAUCUGGGAUGACGAUGUUGGUGGUGAACAUAUCAUUGCUUUUGCAGAGGAGGCUGACCCAGACGGUUUUGAGUUCCUUGAGAUCCUGAAGCAAGUUGCAGAGGAUAACACCGACAACCCCGACCUCAGCAUUGUCUGGAUUGACCCUGACGAUUUCCCCCUGCUUCUGCCACACUGGGAGAAGACUUUUGGAAUUGACCUGUCCUCCCCACAGAUUGGUGUUGUCGAUGCUGAUGAUGCUGACAGCGUGUGGAUGGACAUGGAUGAUGGGGAGGACUUGCCAUCUGUAGACGAGCUGGAGGACUGGAUCGAGGAUGUUCUGUCAGGUGAAAUCGAUCCUGAUGAUGAUGAUGACGAUGAUGAUGAUGAUGAUGAUGAUGAUGACGACGAUGAUGAUGAUGACGAUGAUGAUGAUGAUGAUGACGACGAUGACGAUGACGAUGACGACGAUGAUGAUGACGAUGAUGAUGAUGAUGAUGACGACGAUGAUGACGACGAUGACGACGACGAUGACGACGAUGAUGAUGACGAUGAUGACGACGAUGAUGACGACGACGACGACGAUGACGAUGACGACGAUGAUGAUGAUGAUGAUUAUUAAAUCAUGAAGUCAUAAUUUACUCUUUAAGUCUGACCAAUUCAGUUUCAAGAGUCAACAUCAUCAGCUCUGUCAAAUAAUCUUCUUUUGUAUCUAGUUCUUAUGUUGAACUUAAUUUUGAUAUCACAUCUUUUCGUCAUCCUCUCUCUGCAUCUCACCAGAAUAAUAUUCCAUUACUCGUUUAUCCCUCUCCCCAACAUAUUCACUAAUCCUCCAUGUAAAAAAGUACUUUCUAAGAUCCCACGGUGCCUUUAUUCCCACAUGUAACACUGUCCAGUACAAUAAAAAAAAGAAAUUCUUUUAAAACCUUGCCAUCAACUGAUAUAUCUGCUUUACUGAAGUACUGGAGGGGUUGCAAUGUUGUAUGCAUUAUGUCUGAGUCCAUCUGUGAAGUCUGUUGCAGUUUGAAUGUGUUUUAUUUGUUCACUUAUUUUCUUGUUUGACCCCGUAUCGAAACAACUGAAGCCAGAUCCAAGGGUGCUAGCAGACUUUUCCAUCACCAGCCUGCUCUGUGAAAUCAAUGUAACGCUGUACACUGAAAGUGCUGUACAUCAUAUGGAUGUUUUCUACGAUAAUGAAAUAUGACAACAGCCAUAUUCUAUUUUUGUAACAAGAGACAUUUAACUUACUUUAAAGUCUUAAAUAAAUGACAGCUUGGACAGAAA